UUGCAGAGGAAAGAUGAGUGCCUCACUGUUCUCUUGUCUUUGGAAAGGUUUCUGUUAUUUCUACAUUUCACCCCCCAAAAUGAGUGGCUUAGGACUCACCACAACCCAACGCAACCCUUGUGUAACAAGUCAAACCCUGUCUCUGCUCUCAGGGUCUGUUUGUCACCUGCCCAAAUUAAGCUUGCUGUAAGCAAUGAAGCAGAGAGAUGAUUUUCUUUAAUUGUCCUUUUUGGAAUUCCUAAGAAAGCAGAACAAUCACUAACCUGAAUUCUUUAAGGAAAUCAGACAGAAACCCUUGCAGAAAUAUGCCCGGGCUGAUCUGAGAUAUAAAGCAAGGAGAGCACUAUGAGGGAUCUGAUUUUUGCCUGUCCCCACCACUGAUUCAUGGCAAUGCUUUCUGCAAGUCAUUUAUGGAGCAUCGGUGUAGUCACUGAUGGAGGAAAAACAAUAUUUAUGUCCUUCCACAGAAAUGUCCCAAGUCUUAGUAACCACUGCUUGUGCAAAUCUUUGGAUGAAAGGAAACAAAAGGGUUCAAAGCUCUUAUUAUGUACUGCUUGAUACACUUUAUAACCAGUGUCAUCACACUAGGUAGGAAUUAACAUUCCAAAGCCCAGAGGGUGGAUACCCUUUCAUUCCCAUAUAUAUAAAACUCAUCGAGUGACCUGCCUCAAAGCAAGGCCGACUGAAGACAGGUGAGUCUGAAUCCAUCAGAGCAGAUAUUCAGGGCAAGAAGCCUUGAUGUUUGCUUUAAUUUAUGUACUGUUUUGUUAUUAUUGCAGUUGUUGUGCUGUUUCUACUUAAGGCUUGUGAUGAUUUUUGUGGUGGGACAGAAAACAAAAAGGUUGAUAACUUGAAGUUGUAUAUGGCAAUUUUCUGCACAUAGGAGCAGCUACAAAUUAUAGUGUUAGCUGGGGCCCCAUAUGGAUUUGCCAUUGAAUUUAGAGGUAUUGGGUCAAGCUGUGCUGAUCCAAUAUUCUAUUCUUACAAAUAGAAUCACAAUCAUAGAACUGUUUGAGUUGGAAGGGACUCUGAGGGAUAAUCUAGCCCAACUCCCUUGCAAUGAACAGGGACACACCUACAGCUAGAUCCGGUUGCUCAGAGAAAUACUCAAUGUUAGGGCUCAACCCAAGCUCAGGCAGUGGGUUUUGCCACCUGAAUAAGCUCUCGUAGGGCACUGGACUCUUUCAGAUGACGUGGAUGGACUGUUUGUGUUCAGACAUCCAUGUGGUCUAGUUUACAGUAGAAAUAACUAUUAGGCUGGAGAAAAGGUCAAGCCUUAUUUGAAUCAAUAGGACAUUUUCAGGUGUUAAUAGCACUGCAGGAGGAUUGCCUGCAAGGGCUGUGGCAUUGCUUUGUACUCAAAAGCCUCCUGGGGGAAAAAGAAAAAAGCAUUUGUAAGUUGUAAAACUGCAUGGUUUUAAUGUGCUCUGCAGCAAGGCAAGUGCAAUCAAUGGGUUUUUUUCCAGUCAAUAGCUGUCAUCUGAUGACAUUUUGGAAUGUUCUUGAUAAACACAAGAGGCAUUUGUUACUGAACUGAUUAUCUGCCAUUGUCACACACCUGAAUAUAUGCAGAGGUUUUGUUGUAUCAGCAAAUGACAGGCCAAAGCAUCCCUACUGAUAAUGGCCACCAGCUUAGUUCUUCCUUAUCAAUGCGAUAAUGAUGGAACAAGAGACCUGAAUAAAUAGGAAAUAAGCAUGUGGGGCUCCCAUCUUCUCCCAUCACCACACUUUGAAAGCAAGGGAAGGAGCUGGGGAGCUUUUACCAUACACACUUUCUUCCAGGGCUACUCAGUAUCAGCUCCAACUUCUUCAUGUUGUGUUUUCAGGUGUCCCUGGACAGCCGAGGAGAGCCAUCGCCAUGGUCAUUGCGCUGCUUUUGCUGGGCCUUUCAGCCCUGUUUGCUCCAUCCAUGAGCUACAGUUGCUAUGGUGAUAUCAGUGCUCUUCAAGCACCCACAAUUUCCUGCACAGCUGUAAGAGCCCAGGACUGUGGCCCUGCUGCUCUGAGGAGGACAGUGGAAGCAGACGUCAUCCGCUUGAGGAAAUACGAGGUGCCCAUUAAGAGAGUGGCCAGAAGGCUGUGCUUGGACCCAGCGCUCAUUGCUGCCAUCAUUUCCCAAGAGAGCCGUGCUGGCCUGCUGUUAAACAACGGCUGGGACCAGGGCCAGCAGCGGUACGGCCUGAUGCAGAUUGACAGGAGGUAUUAUCAGCCCUUUGGGAUGUGGGACAGCGAGGAGCACAUAAACCAGUGUUCGAGCAUGCUGGUGGCAGGAAUCAACGAAGUAAGGGCAAGGCACCCUGCCUGGAGCUGGGACCAGCAGCUGCGAGGGGGAAUUUGCAUCUACCAUGCAAGAGCUGGCAACCUCCAGACCUACGAUGAAGACCCCUGCAGCAGAGACAACAACUAUGUCAACAGCGUGAUCAGGCGGGCCCAGUACUUCAAGAGAAAUGGGUUCUAGCUCAGUGACUCCCUGCCCCCGAGCCUCCACUACAUGUAGACUAGCCCAGUAGUGACAGUAGAACCCAGAGCCUCUCCAAUGACCUGGCAGGAUGGAUGUGACUCACAGGGACAAUGCAGAACAAUCUGGAGGCCUUUAGAAGUCAGAUAGUGACAUCCAAGUGACACUAAAGUGUUGGGUGAGGACGUUCCUUGUAUCAGGAGCUGAACCUGGGGCUGUUCAUGCAUCUCCCAGGUGUGGAUUCAAACAGCUAUCUAUCAGCAUAGGCUGUGCUGGCCCUGUUCUCUCUUACAAACAGGAGGGAUAACCACUCGAGUUUCCUCCCUUUGAUAGUGCUGGCCACUUCCCAGUGAAGAGGCUCCUCUCCAAGUCUUCCAUCACUCCAUACACACUAUGGAGCUAUGUCACAGCAUUAGUGCUGGUAAUAGCCUCACCACCUUCUCUGCUUUGCCUAUGGAGCAUUUGUGCUGGAGCCUGCUGAGAUUAAACACAUUCCAGAUCCCGUCCCUCUGUCCUGCCAGUUUGCCUGAAUUCUAAUUAGGACUGGGUUAGCUCUGAGUCUGUGAACUGUUUGAAAUUACUUUUCAAUGUGGAUGGUUCUGGAUGCAAAUUUAGGUUUACUGAGAAUCAAAAUAAAGAUAAAUGCUGAAUUCCA